UUGCUUUAUUCUUUCCUUUUCUUUUAUCUAUGUGUUCGUGAUUUUGAAAUAGCCAAUGGUGAAUCUGUAUAACCAUGAAAAACAAAGAGCCACUUUUCACAUGCUAAUCUUAAAAAUGGAUUAGGCACAACAAGAAUUUAUCUAUUAUCAUACAGAUAUUAUAUCACAUCUACAAAUGCACACAUGUAUUUCAUAAUUGUCAAUGAAAAAGAAAGAAUUCUUUUUGCAUUGCAAUUGGAAAUUACCCAUUUAACAAAAAGAAAAAAUCAUUACGAUUCUUCAUUUUGUCUUACACUUUUAGAACUUUUCUCCUACUCUUACUAGUACUACUACUAAACUAAGAAAUUGAGUACAAUACAAACAAAUUUACAUAAUAAAAAAACAGCAAUGGGUGACGAAAUAUAAAAAACCGACAGUAACUCUAUCACUUCUAUUUCUGAACCGUGCUUUGAAAUCUACGCUCUACCUUAUUGUCAACGUGUUCUGUUCUUUGCACCACGUGCCACUUAGAUCCUUAAUCUCCUAGAAAACGUUAAAACGCUGUCGUUUAACACUGUGGAUGGAUCGUCUUAGAUCCACAAUCUUAAGCUAAAAAUAACUUUGUCAACUUGGCCAAAAAAAAAAAAAAAAAAAGCUCAUAUAAUAACAAAAUUUUAGUUCGAAAAAUCGAAAAACAAGAAUCGAAACAAUGUCUCCCACGGCCAUUCUGAUCGUCGUCGCCGUCGCCGUCGCCGUCGUUAUGCUAUCUCAAUUGGCCACGUCAUCACCCGACGUUGAAGAUAAGCGAUCGGCAUACGAGGUUCUCCAAGACUUUGAUCUUCCCAUGGGUAUUCUCCCAAAGGGAGUAAAUAGCUACGAAUUAGACCGAAGCAACGGAAGAUUCUAUGCCCAUUUCAACGGUUCCUGCAGUUUCUCGUUGGAGGGUUCGUAUCAGUUAAAGUACAAAUCCACCAUAAGCGGCUAUAUCUCUAAGGACAAGCUCACGAAGCUAACUGGGGUUAGCGUUAAGGUCUUAUUCUUGUGGCUUAACAUCGUUGAGGUCGUUCGAGAUGGGAACGACCUCGAGUUCUCGGUGGGAUUAGCUUCGGCUUCCUUCUCCAUCGAUAAUUUUUUCGAAUGCCCUCAGUGUGGUUGUGGAUUGAAUUGCAAUAAUGGGCAAGUAAGGAAGCUUAAAUUCAACCCUUCUGUUUCUUCAAUUUGAUACCUCAAUUCGAUCUGUAAUUCAAUGUUUCUUUUCUUUCUUUUCUUGAAUGAAUGGUGGGUUUUCUUUCGUUCGUAAAAUUAUGAGAUGGGUUUUACUUAUUUUGCUUUGUUA